AUGUCCGCACAAACGGCAACUGCCGGUUCAUUGUCAACGUCGACUCCUCCCCUUCAACAACAACAACAGCAACAACAACAACAAAUACAACAACAAAAUACAGGACAAUCAAAGCUCCACUAUCGAUCACAUUCGAGAAACUUAAGCAUCGGAGGUGGCAAGGGCAUCACCAUCCUCCACGACUAUGCAUUCAGCUAUCAUGUAUCACUACCCAAGCAGGAGCAGCAGCAGCAAAAGACAUCGUCCGAUGGCAAGAAGCCAUUGACCAAUCAUCGAGGUCCCAUCAUCAUGUCAACUAGCUACCUGCUACAACUAUACAGACAGAGCAAUCCCGACUUCUCGUACACAUCCACCCUCAACCCUAGAAGAGUGUUGACACAGCCCUCCAAAGGUGUCCUCAACGACGGAUUCGACAAUGAGAACUCGGACUUUAUCAUCUACGUCAAUGACAUCAUUGGAUCAGAGUAUAACCAGAGAUACAAGGUGAUCGAUUCACUUGGACAGGGCACAUUUGGUCAGGUUGUCAAGUGUCAGAACCUAGACACCAAUGAACUUGUUGCAGUUAAGAUAUUAAAGAACAAGGCAGCAUACUAUCAACAGGGCAAGCUUGAGAUUGAGAUGCUGAGGAAGCUGAACGUACAAUACGACCCUGAGAACAAGUCAAACAUACUACGCCUACAGGAUUCAUUCAUGUUUAAGAAUCAUCUGUGUAUCGUCAUGGAGUUGCUGAGCAUCAACUUGUUUGAGUUGAUCAAACAGAACUCAUACAAAGGCCUAUCGAUCAAACUCAUACAGGUGUUCCUCAUUCAGAUCCUAGACUCACUGAUCGUCCUAUCCAAAGCCAACAUGAUCCACUGCGACCUAAAGCCAGAGAACAUAUUGUUACAGAGCGUCAACAACCCAAACAUCAAGCUUAUCGACUUUGGAUCAGCGUGUUAUGAGAGCCAGACGGUGUAUCCUUACAUUCAGUCUCGCCACUAUCGAUCGCCAGAGGUGUUGCUGGGCGUUGGUUAUACUGGCUCGAUAGACAUGUGGUCGCUGGGGUGCAUCUCUGCCGAGCUGUUCCUCGGCCUGCCACUGUUUCCAGGCACAUCAGAGUAUAACCAAGUGUCGCGAAUCAUUGACAUGCGUGGCAUGUUCCCCAACGACCUGCUGGACAAAGGCAAGAACACACAAGAGUACUUUAGGCGAACAUUCGAUAAUGGCAAAUACUGUUACACUCUCAAGACCGACGAGGAGUACUCAAGGGACACGAACAAGACAUUACAACCAUCAAAGAAAUACUUCAACUAUAAGACACUACCAGAGAUCAUUCAGAACUAUUCAUUCAAGAAGAAUCUGACACCUGAGGAGCUAGAGACAGAGAAGCAUAAUAGGAUAGUGUUCACUGACUUUAUAUCUGGCCUGCUUAAGAUGGAUCCGAACGAGAGAUGGUCUCCAAUGCAAGCCAAGGAUCAUCCAUUCAUCACUGGCUCACAAUUCCUCGGUCCAUUCAUACCCGAUCCAUCAAAGAGACCACUAUUACAGCAACAGCAACAACAAGUACAACAACAACAGCAACAGCAACAACAGCAGCAGUACAUGUCAACAGCACCCAAGCCAAUAUCGAAUCACAAUCACAAUCACUAUGCCUACAAUGGUGGAAGCGGCAGUUUCAACAAGUCACGCGGCAUGCCAGGUCUCUCAUUCAAGCAUCCAAUUCAGACCGACCAGUUCAACGGAUAUCCCGAAUCAUACUCGCCACGUGGCAUGUUCAGUGCGCCAUACUCAUCUUCACAGUCGGCGCAUCUAGCACUGGGCCAGAGCCCCUCACUGUUUGGCGUUCCGUCCAACAUGUUCCCACCCGUACCCUACAGUCCACUAUACAACAGCAGCUCAAUGUCGCCGUACUUUGGUUCCUGGGGAUCAGACCAGGGCAUGUACCAACAGCAACAGCAACAACAACAGCAGCAAUCAUCAAGGAGGGGUCGAUCAAAGAGUGAUGCGCCAAACUCUGCAGACAAGGCCAACGCCAACAACCCCAACAACAAUCCCAACAUUAUCCCCAACAAUAACUCGAACAACAACAACAGCAACAACCCUGAUGAUCAAUAUGAUGAUAAGCCUCCAAUGUAUCCGAUGAACUCACCACAGAGGAAGCGAUCACAGUCAGGACUGGCGCCGCCCGUUGACAACUCAAUGUCCUACGGCUACCAAUACUUGCCACCUCGAAUGCACCUUGAUCAUCUGGGCUCCAAUCGUUUCCGAUCACAUAGUUAUGGCGAGCAGUUCCAGAACCAAACGCAUCAAUCCAAGCUCAGACAUCAACACCAACAACAACAGAUGCAACAACAUCAACAACAACAUCAGCAGCAGCAGCAGCAGCAGUACAUGCAGCAGAACUCACCACCAAUACCCAACUCACCACUCAUGCCACACUCUCCUCAGUUCAACAUACCUCAUCUUAUGAUCGAUACUGUCAGCCCUAACGCAGCUGAUUCGUCAUCGAUGAACAACAACUGGAACCUUUCCUCAUCAGAGAACGAGAUGCUGUUCCCGAUCGAACAGCUUUUACCAUCGCAGCAACAGACACCCCAGCUCACUCCCCAGCAGUCGUCGUCGUCUUCGUCCAACCCGCUCACACACAGCCCUAUCCAGUCCAGGAUGGCGCCCAACCCUCACGGUUGGAAGAUCGACGACAUGAACUCGGGCUUUGGCUCGAUACAGCUUGGCGACCAGCAAGGCGGAUGGCACUCGCAGCAGCAACAGCAGCAGCACGCUUCGUCGAUGCCAUGGGGCAUCCCUCCAGCUUUCUCAAUUACAGGCGACGCUCAGUCACACUACGACGACAUGAUCUCGUUCAGUCCGUACGAUCACCGACAGAACAUGUUCCAAUCGCCACCCUCGGGUGGCUUCCAUGGCAACUACACGAUCAAGAACUCACCGCCCCGACAUGGAUUCUCCAGCGGCGACUCAUACCUCCAGAAUAGUUCUGGUGGUGCCCCUGGAGGUAGCUAUGGAUAUGGACCCAAGUAUCAAUCUCCUCAGCAGCAUCCCUUUACAUUGUCUGGCCACAUGAACCAAUCACCGCCAACAUCGUCUUACAAUGGUGGCGGCGGAGCAUCAUACAAGUCCACGUCAUCUUCGUCGUCAACAUCAAAGAACAGAUCGAGGAAUGACUCAUUCUCAAGGACAUCACCGCCAACAUCCAGAGCUCACACACAACAUGUAUCGCCCAACAAGCCAAUCUCCUCCAACUCGUCCAACAGCAACAACAACUUCCCACAACUAUCCUCCACGCCACUGUCACCAAACACACCUCCCUUUAUACCUCAACACUAUCUACACAACCAACAUCAACAAUCAUAUCAACAACAACAACAACAGCAUCUUCAUCAGCCUCCAAAGGGCUUUGAUAUGUUGCCUCCACUUAACAUCACUCCACCUCCACCGCAACAGCAACAACAACGUCAACCACAACAACAACAGCAACAAUAUAUAUCCAAAUCAUAA